UAUAUUAGUUUAUUUAAACCUCGGCAUAAACAGAUAUAUCAAAAAUUAAAAGAAAGGAAUUACUGUCAAGAUUUCAGAAAUUGUGACAUAUCCUAUCAAUCUGCCACGCGCACAAAAAACAGGGUCGGUCAACGUUUCUCGGUCUUUCGAAAUCAAAUUUAGCCUUCCUCAAUUAAAAUCUUUUGAGGCUCUCCCCUAUAAAUGCAAUCUGUCCCCAUAGACAAAAAGCUCAUACCAAGCUCUUCUUACUAAAAAAAAUAAUAAUAAUAAUAAAACAGAGUUUGGAGAGCUUGGUCAUUAAGCAUAGAAAGCCUUUCUCUUCUCUAUCUCUGAGCUAGCUUCACACACUUCCAGGCUCAAUGAUUCUAUCAGAGACUCAAAGCAAUAAUAAGACCCUCCAACCAAGAAGAGCAAUGUCAAGAUUCUUCUUUUCAUCUUCCAAAACCGUCUCACCUUCAUAUUCCAUUCCAGCCUCCCCUUCUCCUUCUUCAACGCCUAUCCACCGCAAGUUUUCUCUAUCAAUGAUGGAAGAGACCAUUGAAAAUUCUGAGUCAAUCAUAACCAAGUGGGAUCUAAAAUCCUCCUCUUACACCAAACUCACCUCCCUCUUCCAACAUGACAGAAAAGAAGCUAAGGAGUUCAUCAAAUCCGUCAAGGACUUGCGCCGAGCUAUGCACUUCCUUGUCGGUCAAUACUCUAAUUCUAGCAAGCUUGUACUUGCUCAGGAACUAAUGCAAACCGCCAUGAAAAGGCUUGAGAAAGAGUUCCAUCAGAUAUUGUCUGCCAACCGUGAUAAACUCGACCCUGAAUCUGUUUCGAGUCAAUCCUCAGGAGGGUCAACCAGUUUCAAUGAUGAGGAUGAGCUUGGUUUUAAAGAUGAGUUGGAGUUUGCUGGUGAGUCAAUCACAGAGAUGGAGAGAGCCUCAGCAUUUGCCAUGACAGAUUUGAAGUCAAUAGCUGAUUGUAUGAUCAGUUCUGGCUAUGGCAGAGAGUGUGUGAAGAUUUACAUAACUAUCAGAAAAUCAAUAAUAGACGAGGGAUUGUAUCGCCUUGGAGUCGAGCGGUUAAGGCCUUCUCAAAUCCAAAAAAUGAGUUUGGAAGCAUUGGUGGGGAAAAUCAGGAACUGGUUAGAUGCUAUAAAGAUUGCUGUGGAAUCACUCUUCAAUGGAGAAAGAAUUCUCUGCGAUCAUGUGUUUUCAGCAUCUGAUACAAUCAGGGAAUCAUGUUUCUAUGAGAUAACUAAAGAAGGAGCAAUGAAUCUAUUCAGAUUUCCUGAACUGAUUGUAAAGGGCAAGAAAACAUCAGAAAGAAUAUUCCAGCUGAUGGAACUCUGUGAAGCUAUCUCUGACCAUUUGCCAGAAAUUGAUUUAGUUUUCAGCUCUGAAGCAACCUCUGCUAUUAGAUUACAAGCUUUUUCAUCAUUUCUUAAGCUCAAAGAUUCUAUCCACUCCACGCUAUCCGAGUUUGAAACAACAAUUCAGAAGGACUCAUCUAAAACACUAGUCUUCGGAGGUGGGAUUCACCCAAUGACCCGAUCAGCGAUGAAUUACAUAUCUUCCCUAGCAGAUUAUAGUUCCACUCUCUCUAUCAUCCUUCCUGACUAUCCACCACCACAGAACUCACCAUUGCAGGAAUCCUACUUCGAGAUUCCAGCAUCUGAUGAUGGUAUACAAGCGGUGUCAACCCACCUAUCUUGGCUGAUUUUAGUCCUUUUGUGCAAGCUUGAUAUCAAAGCUGAGCUUUACAAAGAUGUGUCAUUGUCAUAUCUUUUCCUCGCAAACAAUCUUCAACACGUUGUGGAGAAGGUACGGACCACCAACCUCAAAUUCCUUCUUGGGGAUGAUUGGAUAUCUAAGCACACGAAGAAGAUCCAGCAAUAUGCUUCAAAUUUUGAAUCCAUGGCCUGGAACAAGGUCUUCUUGUCUUUACCGGAGAAAACAUCAACGACACUAUCAACUGAUGUGGCAAAGGAGUGUUUCAGACUGUUCAAUGCAGCUUUUGAAGAAGCAUACAGGAAGCAAACCUCCUGGGUUGUUCUGGAUGGGAAAUUGAGAGAUGACUUGAAGGUGUCAAUUGCAAAGAAACUAGUACCGAAGUAUCAAGAAUUCUAUGAAACAAACAUAGCCAUGCUGAGUGGGGAGAAGAAUUUGGAGUUGUUGGUAAGGUUUUCCCCGGAUGAUUUGGGGAAUUAUUUGUCGGAUUUGUUCCAUGGGGCUUCUGUUUCAGGUAGUUCUACAUCUUCUGUUUCACAAUUGUCUGCACGGGGAUGCCUUCCUCGCUAAAAUGAUUUAGUGCUUCUUAUAUAAAUUGAACUAUAUCAUAUUGAUGGUCACUGAAAAUAGAAGCACAACAAUAUGUACUUGUAACUUCAUAAAACAUUCUUCAGAAUUUUCACAAGAAAAAAAAAAAAAAAAGGAAA